UUCCCGCCAUUUGUUAGCGUACCCUCGCGUUUCUCGUGCUUCACCAUUACAUCUUUUAAUCCAGCACUUGUGUUUUCUUUACUCUUUUGCUCUUGUGGUUCAGCCAUUUUUUAGUAGUAUAUUACUACACGAUAAGACGAUAUUCGUCAUCUAGAAUCGUCUGUAAAUAGAUGAUCAUUGCAUUCACUGACGCCAUCACCUUCACCUUCACGUUUAGACCGUGCUAUUAUUCACGUGGUGCCCUCUGAAAUUAUUUAUCUUAAUAUAUACUACAUCUGUGACCGAUUUCAGACAUCGUUCUAGACUAUGAAGUUGUAUAUUUGCAAGACUUGAAACAAAUAAGUAGUUGGUCAAGCAAAGAAAGACUUACAACUUCAGUAAUUUAUGAUAAAACAGCUCAUCGAUAUGCAGCUGUAUUUAAUGAAAGUUCACGAUGAUUUACCACCGGUACUGGUACAACAAAAUGGAGCUACAGCAUCUUUAGAAUGGGCAUUACAGAAUAGAAAAUCUUGGUGCAACAAAGGAAUUUUAAAUUUUGAAGAGAAAUUAUUAGAUUGUCAAUUAAUAUACUUGAAUGGUAAAGCAAGUUUAUGCGGAUUAACAAGAAUAGAUCAAACAUAUAAUUAUAUUAUUGUUGAACUUGAUAAUGAUAACUGUGCACAGUUAGAUCAUAUUAAAAGAACAGAAUUAAAACGUACUUCGGAAGAACUUGUUGCUCAUGUAGUCAUGCAGAACAAAUGUAAUGCAUACCUUUUAACUUUGUGGUCUCAUGGUAGAUUGUACAGUCAUUCAUUAAUGGAUGCCUCUGAUUCAGAGCCAAGUAAAUUACUCAGUGUUAUUACAAAUAUUGAUACGAAGUAUCCUGUUAUAAUGACAGCGUUGAAUGAAACAAUGAUAGCUGCUUAUGGAGCAGAUGUAUCAGAAGAAGGUGCUAUUCUAAUGAUAUAUAAUGUACAAUUUAAAUUAGUGCAAGCAACCCAAAAAUUAAAACUUUAUACGAAAGAAGCUAAAUUGUGGAGAGUAGAGGACAAACUACUACUUGCAGCAAAUAGACAUUUAGCUGUUGCUCCGUAUCGUCUUGCACCACAGAGGAUAGCAGCUAUGCUGGGUUCGUCUGUACGCUUUAAAAACAAUAAUGAAAAUGAAGAAGAUGAAGUAGUUAUUGUGCAAGAUUCAAUAAUAGCUCAAUGGGAAAAUACACAACCAAAACUAUCAAAAUUUUUGGAAAAUGACAUACCACAAAAUAUAUCAAAACAAAUAUUAUCUUACAUAAGCGAAGGAUUGAGUGAUGCAAGAAUACAAGAAGUCUUAAUACCACAGUUAAUUGAAUCUAAAGACAUUAUUGCAAUAAAUUGGUGUUUAAAUACUUUCGAGGAUUUACCUGAAAAAUUAUUAACAGAUUUAUUAGCAUUUUCAUUAAGAACUUCAGAUGACAUAUUUAUUCCUUUGCAAAAUGGUAUGAGUAAUGGUAUGUCUGAUCAAAAAACUCUUUGUACAAGAAGUAAUUUUCUGGACAAAAUCUUUAGUAUUAGUUAUUCUGAUGUUUUUUUAUUAUCAUACCUAAAGACAGGCUUAAAUUUUAAUGAAGUACUUAGAUUGUUAAAUUAUUUAAUUGAAAAAUUAGAUAUUCAAGAAACUGUAAAUAAUGCGCUUGAUACAUUUGAGCCAAAUAACAAACAGUUAUAUGAUUGGUCUAAUCUUCUUCUUGACUCUCACUAUCAGCAUUAUAUUUUAUCACAAGACUCUCAAGUUUUAAGUCUUCUUAAUAAAUUGAGUUUAAUAUUGGAGGAACACUUUCAAUUAUUGAAGGAUUUGGAAAAUUUGAGGCCUAUGUUACAAAGAAUAAUAAAUGGAAAAUCGCUGAAGCCUUCUGUGAAAAAUUAUAAUAAAUUUUAUUCUAUAGAAGAAAUAAAAUUUUAUUGAAAAGUAUAUAAGGACUAAAUUACAUAAUAAUUUAUAUUAUCAAAGUUAUAUUGGUUCUGUAAAUAAACAGUAAUGUAAUUUUUA